AUGUAUUUCUACUUAGCUGCAAUUGUUGCAAUUAUUAGUUACUACUUAUACAAGUUUUAUAUUUAUCCUUUAUAUUUGUCUCCAUUGCGUAAAAUUCCUGGUCCACCUGUUGAUAAUUUAAUUCUUGGAAAUUUUGCUUCUCCUCCUUUUUUAAAUAAAGAGCUAGGUGAAGCUUUUGUUCAUUUAGUGAAACAAUAUGGUGGGAUUGUUAGGUUUCAUGGCUUAUUGAAUGAACAAAAUUUAAUAAUUUCCGAUCAAAAACUUAUUCAACAAGUACUAUUGAGUCGUUCAUAUGAUUAUCCAAAGUUCUUCCUAAACAAAGCUAUAGUUAAGGAACUUUUCGGUGAAGGUAUUGUAAUUGCUGAAGGUGAUUCUCAUAAACGACAAAGAAAUGUGAUGACUCCUUCAUUUGCUUUUGCCAAUGUUAAGGAAAUGGCUCCAAAAUUCGUUCAAGCUGGCCACAAAUUAAAAGAGAUUUGGAUAAAACAAAUUGGUGAUAAGGAAGAGGAAAGAAUUACAAUCACAGAUUUAAUUCCAAAGAUAACUUUAGAUAUUAUUGGUCUUGUUGGGUUUAAUUACGAAUUUAAUUCUACUUCUUCAGGAUCUGAAUUAGCUCAAGCAUUCAAAUCAAUAGUCAGUCGGAAUUAUCCUCCUUUAUACAUAGCUCUUCUUAAGUUCUUUCCGUUUAUCAGAUUAUUACCAACCCCAUCAAACAACAAAUAUUUUAACUCUAUUAAAAUUAUCGCUAAUAUUUCUGAGAAACUAGUUGUUGAACAAAACAAUAGUCUUGUUCAAGGAACAGACUUUUUGUCAUUGAUAAUAAAGGCAAAUGAUAAUUUGCCAGUUAAUGAUCAAUUAACGCAUAAAGAAUUAAUUAGUCAGGUCAUGACAUUACUCUUAGCUGGACAUGAGACCACUAGUAAUGCACUAUCUUGGGCACUAUAUUUUCUCGCAAAACAUCCUGAUGCUCAGGAUCGUCUUCGUAAAGAAGUGUCUGAAGUAUUAACUAAUCGUGAUUAUUUUCCGACCGUUGAUGAAAUUGAACGUUUGAAAUAUUUAGAAUGCGUCAUUAAAGAAACUUUAAGAGUUAUUCCACCUGUGUCUGCACUUCUUCGUCAUACUUCAAAGGAUGAAAUCAUGAAUGGUUACCUUGUUACAAAGAAUACUCCAUUAUGGAUUCCUGUCUACACAAUACAUCGUGAUCCCUUAAUUUGGGGUGAUGAUGCUGAAGAUUUUAACCCAUCCCGAUGGCUUGAUCCGGAAGUAAAAUCAAAAAUAACACAUACUAAUUUCUUACCUUUUGGUGCUGGUCCAAAAAAUUGUUUAGGAAUGAAAAUGGCUUAUUUGGAAUUUAAAUCUCUUUUAUCUGUGAUUAUUAGAAAUUUUGAGUUUAAAUUAGUUGAAGGUUUUACUUUUAAAACGAAACUUGGUGCUUUAUCUAAACCUUCUCCUGGCAUUGAUUUAUGGAUGUCAAAUGUUCCGAACAGUAGAGUCGUUGAUGACCCUCCCAUAGAAGUUUCUGAACAACCUCUUCACCACAAUCCUGAUAGAAGUAGAGUUCAAAUAGUUCCUGAUGUUGCUGUAUAUCCAGAUACAGCAUUUGUUUCAAGGGUUGCUUUUUCCGCCGUAAUACCCCCUCCUCCCG